CAUCACAACCACCAUUUCACGUACUCGACUAACCAACACUAGAAAUGAAUAACUUGGGACAAACAUUUGACAAGUGGAACAACAUGUGCUACUCUUGUUCCUCGCCGGAAACAAGCUCCUCCAGCCCACCAACCAGCGCUCACUCCGACGAGGACCUUCACGCAUUGGCGUCGGCGCGGCCCAAGAAGCGGGCGGGGCGCCGAAUCUUCAAGGAGACGAGGCACCCCGUGUACCGCGGAGUGCGGCGGAGGAACAACAACAAGUGGGUGUGCGAGGUUCGCGUUCCCAACGACAAGUCCACCAGGAUCUGGCUCGGAACGUACCCCACGCCGGAGAUGGCCGCACGUGCGCACGACGUCGCCGCGCUCGCGCUUCGAGGCAAGUUUGCGUGCCUCAACUUCGCCGACUCCGCUUGGCGGCUGCCGCUUCCCGCGUCCACCAAUGCCAAGGAGAUUCGGCGAGUGGCGGCGGAGGCUGCUGUGGCGGUUGCUGCUGAAGACAGUUGCGGCAAUUCGCAUGCCGUUGCCGAUUGCGAAGCUAGCAGCAGUGACGUUAGCGUUGCUGAAGAUGAAGAUAAUAAUAAUAAUAAUAAUAAUAAUAAAGCUCUGCGGGGGUUUUGUGAUUUGGAUGAAAUUACGAUGCCGGAUGCGUCGGGUUUUGCGGACAUGCAUGAGUGGCUUCGGAGUAUGGCGGAAGAGCCUCUGCGAUCGCCUACUUUUGUUACGUAUGUUAGGGACUGGAACUUUGUAGAGGAUGAUGCUGAGGUUUCCCUGUGGAACUUCACCAUCUGAAGCGCAUGCAAUUUGUAGUGUGUUUACUUUUCUUUCUUUUCUUUUCGUUUUUGGUUUUUGUACAUAAUUAUCAACCAAGUACAAAAUGUACCAAGACCCAGACGAUAGGGAGUUAGGGAGAAUAACAAAGCUGUAAAACAUUGUAUCUUUCCUUAUUCAGUUUUUUUGUUAUUCUCAUGACAGAUAAAGGAACUGUUUGAGAAAUAGAAUUUCCGCUUUCAUCUAUAUAUAUAUAUGAACAAAGAAAACUCACGUUUUACAA